AUGUCCAGAAACACAAUUAAAAAGACAGUCAAAAAAAUCAAAAAGCCCAAACCCACCAACACCAAACAAAACAACAAAUAAAAAAUCGUUGAUGAUGAAUCAAUCGAUUCAGAAUACUUGGAUGAAUUGGAAAAUCAAAAGCCCCAAUAAAUUUCAGAUAGAAGUGACAGUGAAAUUGAUGAAACCGAAGACAAUAGAAGAUUGAGAUUGGCUAAAUAAAUAUUGUAACAAACCAAACAAGAAUUGAAAUCCAAAAACGAUGACUUUUUUCAAGAUCAUCAUGACAUUCACAUGAAUGAUGAAGACAAAAGAUUAAAUGUAGCCCUACUAGAGAAAUUUGCUGAAAAACACACCAUCUAUCAAUCAUAAAUCCAAAAAUUCGAUCGUCAAUUCAAUCGAGAAAUCUACAAAGGUCAUCUUCGAGCCAUCACUUGCACUUAAGUGGAUGAAUUCGCUUAACACAUGUAUUCCUGUUCCAAAGAUUCGAGCAUCAUCAAAUGGGACCUAGAAACCAAGAAGAAGGAAUUCAUCUAGAGAGAAGUAGGUAAACACGGAGAUGGCCAUUACGAUGAAGUCCUUUCCAUUUCCCUCAAUUUCGAUGGCAAAAUCUUGGCUAGUGCUGGCAAGGAUCACUCCAUCAAAUUGUGGGAUACUACAUCCAAUAAAUUGAUCGAAACACUCAAACAUCAUAAAGCUCCCAUUUAUGGCGUGAAAUUCGGAUACAACUCCAAUAAUCUAUGCAGUAUCUCUUGCGAUAGAACCUUCAUCCAAUGGGACGCAGCCUAACGAGCUUAUAUUGACACAUUUUUUGGACAUAGCACAGAAGCAAAUGACAUCGAUUGCUUUAAUGCUGAUGACUUCUUGAGUUUGCGGCUAUGA